CAAUAGUUAUUUACACACCAUCACGGAUUCUGACUUUCUAUGUUGAGCUGAGAAGACCGCAUUUUCCUUGUCGGAUGAUCAGAAUUACAACGUGUUCGAAUUUGGAGUGAUGAAGGAUAAGAGUUCUGCUACCACGUCUUUCCUCAAGCGAAUUCUAGUCAAUUGUUCAGCUCAGGCCAAACAAUAUGGUACAUGUGUUUCCUCAAGGGUCCCAGAAGUUGAAAAAGACAUGUGUUUAAAAGAAUUCCUUGUGUUAAAAAGUUGCAUGCAGAAUGUGCUACGAAGAAAGUUCUGAGUUAAAGAAAAUACAACUGAGCAGUAAAUACUUCAAUUGCCUUGUCUGACUCAUCGAUCUCUCUCAGCUUUAUUUAUUACCGCUUAUCUAGGUUACAACCUGCCGACUGUAUAGUUUCGUAAUCAAGGAAGAGAAAA